AUGGACGGCGGCGGCCAGAGCCUGAAUAUUCUUUCUUCCUUCGGCACUUCCCACCAACAACAAAAGAAGCAACAACAACAGCAGCAGCAGCAGCAGAAUCGUCGCCGACUCACCAAAAAGCCUCCGCCCUCGUCAUACCAACACUCUUCGUCGACGAGCUUCGAUGGUCGCACAAUCGACACCCAGUCUCUGCAGAGCAAAGGCAGCUCCACGAGUUUGAGGCGCGCUCCGAGCGCUCCCCAAACCCGCACGUCUUUCUCGGCCUACGCGUCCUCGUCCACGUCCUCAUCGCCGCGCCAUCUGCCCUCUGCAGGCACCCCGUCGCUCUCGAACCCCUCGCCCAACCUGCCUGGCGGCGAGUUCCUCACGGCCGACUACCAGCAAUAUCAGCAUCAGAAGAAGCAACAACAGCAGCAACAACAGCAGCAACUGUAUUCUUCUCCUCCUCAUCCUUCUUAUCCGUACCCAUACAACCCUUCGAUUGCGGCCGCUGCCUCUGCUGCUGCAUCCGCGCCCUCCAAUCGUAUGAAUCACAGCGCCAUCCCCGACGCCGUUGUCCGCUCGCCGUCAAACGGUAGUGCUCUCACUUCGGCCUCCGAGGACUUUGUCGGCGCACCCUUUGACGGCGCCGCCAUCUUGAACCGCAUCGAAGAGACUACGACACCCACACCUGCCCCGAACUCUUCGUCUCUGUCCUCAAAUCUUCCCCCACAACCGUCAUUUCAGCCCUCGCGGAACGCCCCAGUACCGCCAACCGCCGCCAACACCACGAUGCAGGCCUCGGGCUUCCCCACGAGCGUGCCAGGCGGCUCAACGCCAUCCGCCGGUGCCGCCAGUGCUGCCAAUGCCGCCAAUACCAGCAAUCCCGCUGUCGCCGCGAUUUCGACAACGACCGCCGCAUCGGCACCCGUUACAGCCGCUGCGUCUCCCACGCCGUCAAACGAGUUGAGCGAGAAGACCCCGUCAGCACAGUCUGGGCCGACCUGGCCGUCGGGAGGCUCUGGCGCCGACUCGCAGCUCCCAGGCACGAAGCGUUACUCCGACGAAGGCAGAGAGCUCAGAGGACCGAGCAUGUUGCGCAAAAAGUCGGGCUUCUCAGGCUUCAUGACCAGCUUGGUUGGCUCACCCAAGAAGCCGCUGAUUUCUGCACCGGAGAACCCCGUUCACGUCACCCAUGUCGGCUACGACAGCAAUACGGGACAGUUUACGGCAAGUUUUGCAAACAGCGGCCUGCCAAAGGAAUGGCAGCGACUGAUUAAUGAGAGUGGCAUCACAGAAAAAGAGCGCACGCAAAAUCCAGAAGCCCUCAUGCAGGUCAUCACGUUCUACAAGGAGACGACGGAGAAGCCACAGGAGGACCAGGUGUUGGAAAAGUUUCACGAUGCCCGCCCUGGUAUGCCUCCACAAGCAAACUCGUCAACGUCUUUGACCGCUCCGUCCCCCAACGUCCCGGCAGGUGGUGUUCCCGGAGCAUUCAAUCCCAUGUCACCGCUCAUGAGUCCGCCCACGAGUCCUCGCUUCCCGCUCGUCAACUACGAAGGCAGCUUUGUCAACCCCCGUUCGCCACCGCCCGUACCCAAAGGCCCGGGCUCGUCUGGCCUGAAGGAUAUCAACCUGAUGCCCAGCCGACCCGCACCCCGGCCACCUGUAAGCCUGCCGUCUCGCACCGCGCCCCAGGCACCAUUCCUGCCCACCAAGGACUCGGGCAUUGGUAUGACCCAUCAGCAAGACGAUGGAACGGGACCACCGCCGAUUGCACCUCCGCCGAAAGACAACGUCCCCAUGCUUCCCGAAGAACACCGCUCUCGGUCGAACUCGCGUGUCACGGCGCCGUACCAGCCGCCAGGGGCUGGCGGCAUGAGCAGUGCACAGCAGGCGAACGCGGCCGCCCAAGCCGCUGCGUACCAGCAGCAGCUCCUCCAGCAACAGCAGGACCAGGCAAUUGCGCAGGCGCAGGCCGCUAUGACUGGACAGCUGGGACGGACGACCAGCACACGCCAGCAGCAGCACAAACCAAUACAGCAACAGCAGCCCACACCGCCGCAGUCCCAGCACCACCAGUUUGCUCGCUCGCCGGACGUCAAUGGCGCUGGGCGCUCACCACAGGCCCAGCCGUACCCAGCAGCAGCGACGACCACACAGCAGCAGCAGCAGCAGCUCCAGCAGUUGCAGUCCCAGGCCCGGCCGCGCCAGCGACCACGUACGAACACCGCUACUGGUAUCGAUAUCUCUGCGCGCCUCCGGCAAAUCUGCUCCGACGGCGACCCGCACCGUAUGUAUCGUGGCUUCAACAAGAUUGGCCAGGGUGCCUCGGGUGGUGUCUACACGGGCUUUGAGCGGGGCAGCAACCGGUUGGUUGCCAUUAAGCAGAUGAACCUGGAGCAGCAGCCAAAGAAGGACCUGAUCAUCAACGAGAUCCUGGUCAUGAAAGACAGCUCCCAUCCGAACAUUGUCAACUUCAUUGACAGUUACCUGUGGGAGGGCGAGCUGUGGGUCAUCAUGGAGUUCAUGGAAGGCGGCAGCUUGACUGAUGUUGUCACGUACAACAUCAUGACGGAAGGCCAAAUUGCGUCCGUCUGCCGCGAAACUCUAAAGGGUUUACAGCAUCUGCACUCCAAGGGUGUCAUCCACCGUGACAUCAAGUCGGACAACAUCCUACUGUCGAUGGAAGGCAACAUCAAGCUCACUGAUUUCGGCUUUUGCGCGACUAUCAACGAAGCCCAAAACAAGCGGACUACUAUGGUCGGUACGCCUUACUGGAUGGCUCCUGAGGUGGUCAUGCGUAAGGAGUACGGCCGCAAGGUCGACAUCUGGUCUCUCGGUAUUAUGGCCAUUGAGAUGAUCGAGGGCGAGCCGCCCUACCUGACGGAAUCGCCGCUGCGUGCUCUCUGGCUAAUCGCCACAAACGGCACGCCUGUCAUCAAGGAGGAGCACAAUCUGUCUGAGGUCUUCCGCGACUUCCUCUACUUUGCCCUCAAGGUGGAGCCUGACAAGCGGGCAAGCGCCCAUGACUUGUUAAGGCAUGAUUUUAUGAAGCUAUGUGUGGACUUAUCGCAGUUGUCGCCGCUGGUUCGUGCCGCCCGUGAAGCGAAAGCCCAGGAGAAGGCUCGGAAGGGGCAAUGA